AUGAGCAGGAAAACUACAUCGACUCUACACGAAGCUGCAAGCACAUCUCCAGCGAACGUCGAAGACCACUUCGAUAGUCUGAACAGCGACCUCGAUGUCCUUAGUACACCUGGAUCACAAGAUAGCACUCCCAUUCCGGUUAUCGCAGUAGCAGAAGAAUUAGAGCACGAAGAAGUGAUAGAUACUUCCAAGGAAACCCGACGUCUGUUACUCAACUACGAUGAGUUCCACGACGCGAUCAAACACGGAGACUUCGAUAGCGUAAAGGAGAUGCUAGAUGAUGGCGCGAAUAUCGAACGUACCACAGAUAAUGGAGGGACACCGCUCAUCAUCGCCAUUUACAAGCAUCACAUCGACAUCAUAGCACUUUUGCUGAAAAGGGGUGCAGAUGUUAACUGGCCGGUCAUCGAUUCACCUCCCAUAUUCCAUGCAGUUACACAGAAAGAACACGCACCUCAAAUCAUCCAGCUUCUACUGGACUACGGCGGCAUGCUGGAAGCUGUCGCUGGGCCGACUCAUAUGAACGCUUUGCAUUGGGCUGCUGUGAAUGGUAUGAUACACGCGGCUGACUUCCUGAUCAGCAAGGGGUUAGACAUCAGUAGGACAUGCUCGAGGGGGAAGACGCCUUUGAUCCAUGCCGCAGAGAAAGGGCAUCUUACUAUUGUCAAGUUACUUCUUGCCAAGGGAGCAGAUCUGCAUGGAAGAAGUGCGAACGAUGGCUCGGCUUUGAUGUGGGCGUCAAGUCAAGCACAAGAUGAAGUAGUCGAUUACCUGCUGAAUGAGGGAUCGAGAGUCGAUGACUGCGAUGAGGAUGGUCUCACCGCGCUGUCAGUAUCCAGCAAGUUGGGCUCUAUGGCAAUCGUACAGCUGUUGAUCGAGAAGGGUGCAAACGUCAACACACUGAGUACUUCGCCGAAACACUGGACUCCGGCAAUGUUCGCGGCCAACGCAGGUCGUGCCGGAGUGCUACAGGCGCUGCUAUCCCACGGAGCAGACCCUAAAGUUUCGUCAGGUGAUGGUGUCACAAUCCUCGAACUGGCCAUAAAAAGUGGCCACCUGAAUACUGUCAAGAUCUUGUUAGAAGCUCUUGGUGGGCCAGAGUACCCGAAAGACAGUGUCGCCCUUCAAAUAGCCAUUGCGCAGUCGAAAGCAACGGUGACGUCUUUGAUGACUACCGUUCCUAUCAUGUAUGGGUACAUUGACUCCAAGCCUACCGGAUCUGAGAAACUGGACUGGAUCAAAUGGGUCCUGGAUCAAGGCGGCGAGCUCGUCAAAGCAGGGGCUAUGACCAAUAUGCUACAUGCUGCACUAGCUCACCAGGAUGUCAGCAUGACUGCGGAGCUGCUGAAGCUUGGAGUUGAUGCGAAUACGAUCUUCUGCACUGGAAACACACCGCUCCACAUCGCAGUCUAUGUACGCAACUUGGAGCUCAUCAAACUGCUUCUCGAAGCAGGCGCCGAUCCGGCCAAGCCUUCGCAAGAUCCCAAAGGGCUUAAGCUUACGCCAUUACAUGAGGCAAUCAUCGACUGGAAAGACGGUUGCGUCAAUGCCAUGUCUGUCAUUGACUUGCUACUAAGGAGCCGCCGAUGCAGAAUCAUGGAGGGAGAAAACGCUCAAUCCACUGCAUUCGCGUGCGUAGUACGCAAAUUGAAUCAUUGGAACGACAAAGUUGUCUUGGAGGCUGAUGAAAUAGUCCGCAGCAUGCUUGGCUGGACAGAUGAUCGAUCUGAUGACGGCUCUACUCCAAUGCACGUUGCGGUCCAUUACAAGCAGAAAGGUCUGAUAGAUGCACUCCGACGUGUGGGUGCCGACAUUAACGCAAAGAACAACAACGGCCACUCACCUCUUCUCGUGGCGUCCCGGAGCGACGUCGAGAUGGUCAAUUUCUUGAUUACACGUUGUGCAGAUGUAUCUGCUGUAAACAACCACGGCCAGGGAGCUUUGCAAAUCGCCGCUGCUUGUGGGCAAGUUGAAGUGCUCGAGUUUCUCCUCGGCUCGGAUCUUGCCGAUGAAGCACCAUUGAAUAUCGAUGCUGUAGACGACGCUGGUCACACGCCUCUAAUUGCUGCAAUUUUGACCAAUCAUGAAGGCGCAGCUUUGUAUCUGCUGGAACGAGGAGCCUCCACCCAUUACCGUACGAGCGACACCGGACGAUGUGCCAUGCAUCUCGCAGCACAGGCUAACAUGCAGCGUACCGUAGAGAAGAUCUUAGAGGAUUCCUCCAUCGACAAUAUCAACGUCGAAGAUUAUAGAAGAUACACACCUCUUACACUCGCGUGCAUCUACUCUGCCCCUGCCGUUAUAUCCAAGUUGCUCUCCCACGGCGCAGACCCAAACAUCGCAAACGACACGACAGGCGACCGCCCUCUACACAUCGCCCUCAAGCGACGCUCUCGUAUGUCCCCCAUGGACGCCAGACACGGUGAUCCAGCUCUCGACCUACUCAACUAUCACCGCAUUGACAUCACAGCCCGCGACGCUGAUGGCCGCACACCACUCCAUCUCGCAUCCGAGUUCCACAACUUCGCUGCAACGAAACUCCUCCUAUCCAAAGGCGUUUCCCCACACUAUGAAGACAACAGAGGCCGCACGCCACUUUGUCUGUGUUCAAGACCUGAUAUCGCACAAGCGCUCAUUGAUCAUGGUGCGGAUGUCAACCAUGGUGACGAAAACGGAUGGACGCCGUUGCAUUACGCUGUAUCGAGGUGUUGGGUAAAGGCCUUUGCAGUAUUGAGACGAGCGAGAGCGAAUAUGGAUGCUAGGACGCGAGAUGAUGGGUUGAGCGUGAAGGAACGGUUGGAAAGGUUUGGAACGUGGGAAGAUUGGGUGAAUGCAGAGUGGGAGUAUAUUUGUGAUGAUGUGCGGAGGGAGAAAAUGAGGGAGGUCGAGAUGGAGGAUGAAUUGUGA